AUGCGGCUCGGGCAGUGGCUGAAGCAAAAACUCGGGAAUGCUUCCACCGCCUUCCUUAAUCCCACUGACACGUCUUCCGAGGAGGAAGCAGAGUUUAGGGAUGAAGAGGAUUACCCGCCAAUUUCCAAGGGUGAGCUCACUGAGGCAGUUAAACAACUCCUUGGUGGCAGAGCCCCUGGUGUGGAUGAGGUCCGCCCCGAGUUCCUGAAGGCUCUGGAUGUUAUGCUGCGGGAGUAUGGGGUGUCUGGCACGUUGCUACGGGCCAUUCGAUCCCUCUACAACCUUUGCAAGAGCUUGGACAAGGUGUUCUGUUUCAUCCAUCUGAGUGUUCAGGAGUUUCUGGCUGCUCUUCAUGUCCAUCUGACCUUCAUCAACUCCGGAAAAAAUCUGCUGGAAGAACAACAAACAACCUCACAGAAGUCUGAAACAGGAGAAUCUGCGGAGAAACUCUUCUAUCAGAGUGCUGUGAACAAGGCCUUACAGAGUUCAAAUGGACACCUGGACUUGUUCCUCCGCUUCCUCCUGGGUCUUUCAUUGGGGACCAGUCAGACUCUCCUACAAGGCCUGCUGACACAGACAGGGAGUAGCUCACAGACCAAUCAGGAAACAGUCCAGUACAUUAAGAAGAAGCUCAGUGAGAAUCUGUCUGCAGAGAAAAGCAUCAAUCUGUUCCACUGUCUGAAUGAACUGAAUGAUCGUUCUCUAGUAAAGGAGAUCCAGAAAUCCAUAAGUUCACGAAGUCUCUCCACAGAUAAACUGUCUCCUGCUCAGUGGUCAGCUCUGGUCUUCAUCUUACUGUCAUCAGAAAAAGAUCUGGAUGUGUUUGACCUGAAGAAAUACUCUGCUUCAGAGGAGGCUCUUCUGAGGCUGCUGCCAGUGGUCAAAGCCUCCAACAAAGCUCUACUUAGUGGCUGUAACCUCUCAGAGAGAAGCUGCAAAGCCCUGUCCUCGGUCCUCGGCUGCCCGUCCGCCAGUGUGACUGAGCUGGACCUGACCAACAACAACCUGGAGGAUUCAGGUGUGAAACUCCUGUCUGCAGGACUAGCAAGUCCAAAAUGUUCACUGGAAGCUCUCAGUCUGUCAGGCUGUCUGAUCACAGAGGAAGGCUGUACUUAUCUGGCCUCAGCUCUAAGCUCCAACCCCUCCCAUCUGAGAGAGCUGGACCUGAGCUACAAUCAUCCAGGUAUCUCAGGAAUGAAGGUGCUGUCGGCUGGACUGAAGGAUCCAGGCUGGAGACUGGACACUCUCAGAACCAAACCAGGUCUGAGGAAGUAUUCCUGUCAACUCACAAUCGACACAAACACAGUACACACAAACCUCAAACUGUCUGACAACAACAGGAAGGUGACACAUGUGGAGGAGGUUCAGUCAUAUCCUGAUCAUCCAGACAGAUUUAUUUAUUGGCCUCAGCUGCUGUGUAGAGAUGGUCUGACUGGUCGCUCUUACUGGGAGGUCGAGUGGAGAGGAGACGUUUAUAUAUCAGUAAGUUACAGAAGAAUCAGAAGGAAAGGAGACAGUAAAGAUGCUGAGUUUGGAUUUAAUGACCAGUCCUGGAGUCUGAACUGCUCUGAUGAUGGCCCUCGUUCUGUCUGGCAUAAUAAUGAAACAUCAUCCAUCUCCUCCUCCUGUGGCUCUAAGAGAGUAGCAGUGUAUGUGGACUGUCCUGCUGGCACUCUGUCCUUCUACAGAGUCUCCUCUGACACUCUGAUCCACCUCCACACCUUCAACACCACAUUCACUGAACCUCUUUAUCCUGGGUUCAGAGUCUGGUUUGGGUCCUCAGUGUGUCUGUGCUGAGUUGAGUGUAAAGAGUGUCCUGUUAGAGAAACAAAUCAAUUCGAAUACUUUAUUGUCCCACAAGGGGAAAUCUUUUGGUCUUCCUCAAAGGUUUUAUAAAAUUAUGGCCAGAGGGCAACAAGUAAAACUCACUUGGAAUUAGGUGGUUAAAACUAUUAAUAAUAUAAUGAGUCGUCAUAAGCAUAUUAUUGUUAUAAAUGGCCAAAGGUCCAUCUUGCCAAUGCCCUGAGAUUGUGCUCGCAGUUUUUACCAAAAGUCCCAGCCGAUCCUUGUUCUUCACAGUCAUACAAAACCAAGCAGCAAUACAGUAAGACAUAAGAGAUUCAAUAAAACAUCUGUAAAACAAGGACAACAUCUCAGAUUAGCUCUUUUUUUCCUGAAAAAGAAUAGUCUUUGCUGAACUUUUUUAGUAGCAACAUCAGCAUGAGGUUCAAAACACAGUUUAUGGUCAAGUACCACCCUAAAUACUUGUAACUCUCCAAUUCAAAUACUUUACUCUGACCAUUGAACAGUCUGUACAUGUCUGUCUUUUUCAGACUGGUAGUUGGAAUUUAAUCAGUUGAUGUUUUAAACUGUUCUGUAUAGCUUCAGCCAUAUGAGCUGACAAUAUCUAAUGCAGUCAUAAUAUGAUUGUAUGCAUCUGAUUUAUCUAAUAAAUAGCAAAGU